AAUUCCGCUUCUUCUUAGCUAGCCAUUAGUGUCCUAUUUCCCUAAAAAAACCCUUACACGACUAAGAGUUGCAGCCCAUAACCUCAGAGGGGCUGCCUUGCGUCCUUGUAAAUCGCAUCUACCGGACUGCCCUGCAUCAUAACUCAUAUACUCGAGGUCGAGGAACGAAAUGAGUAACGACACGCGGCAACACCAAGCCGAGGCCAUGGAAGCUGGUAGCUUCAAUUACGAUCCCCUGGAGACAGCAUCAACGAUUCGCAUCUUGGCCCUUCAUCCUGGAGUUGGAAAUGAGCCGUUGCGUGCUGAUCUAUAUCACGAGGAACUUGGCGCGGCGAAGGAUACAUUUCUAGCUUUGAGCUAUGUCUGGGGCAAUUCUAGCUAUCAGCGGCUACUUACUUGUCAAUCGGGAACAAUCUGUCUCACCGCAAAUCUAGAAGACGCUCUCAAGCACCUCCGACUACCGGACGAAGUACAAAAUGUCUGGGCUGACGCUGCUUGUAUCAAUCAAGAAGAUAUACAGGAGCGUGGCAACCAAGUUAGGCUCAUGGGACAGAUCUACAGCUACGCAGGGCAGGUUAUAAUAUGGCUGGGUCAUGACCACAAUAACACUGCAUCGGCGACUUUCAGGAUGUUCCUAUAUCCGACAGAACCCCUAGCCCGAGACGCGAAGCCGCUUUCACUGAUUAGCGAGUUAUCGAGAUGCGAUUACUUCACGCGCAUAUGGGUGAUGCAGGAGGCAAUCCUGGGCGAGAACACAGUCGUACUCUGGGGAACCGAAGUAAUUUACAUAGACGACCUGACCGAGGGGAUUCAGCUUAGGCUGUCUGAACUUUACCUGACACCGCGACACUUUGAAGCCUUCUCGUGGAUCGAGGAGAGGCACGAGGCGACCAAAUUGAGAGAUGGUGCGUUUGACCUUUUACGCGUCCUACAACUAGUGCGACCCAGACACUGCAAGGACGACCGUGACCGCAUCUACGCGAUCUUGAGUGUUCCGUACAAUGCCUCGAUUCCGUGGAAUUCUUUGCUCAAAGAUGUCAACCCGGACUACACCAUAUCAACUCAUGAGUUGUACUUCUAUGUGGCACACAGGGCAAUUCAUUACGGAGGCACUCUGGGCUUGCUGAACUCGGUACACCAUAGUUCAAUCCUCGAGAAAUGGAAAGUCAACUCACUACCUUCAUGGGUACCCAAAUGGAACGAAGAUGUUGCGUCGAACUUGGACAACGAAUAUCUGUAUGGAGCCCAUGACCCUGAGAGAUCAAUGUCCUCUUUGGCUGCAACAGUCAACCUCGACGCAAGAACUUUAUGCGUCAAAUGCCGCCGAACAAACAAAGUCACAGCGCUUUCCUGUGAUAACAUACUUCUUGAGAGACAUAACCCCGAUUUCGACAAGCUCUACAAAUUUUGGGACGAAAGUCUGAAACCAAUCGUUGAAAGCAAGGCACUUGUCGAUGGGGCAUGGUUAAAUAUAGCCCUAUGCAAUGUUCUUCGUACGCAAGAUGAGUGGGUCAGUAAUUCUCAGGCCGAUAACUGGUCUAAGACAAUGGGUCAAGUCAAUUUACUUGAACUACAUAUCAAAGAGCAGCGUGGUAAAGGUCCUCUGAAUGGGACCUGGGAAAGGUUAUUAGACGUCUUCGCAAAUGCCGUGAGUACGGUCAAAAGGGAAAGUUCGCGAAGCGCCGAUUGGAUUACUUUUAAAUCAUACCUUGAACCUCUUGGCCAUGACAUAACCUGGAACGGGAUGCUGCGAGGUCGUAGAGUGUUCUUGACCAAGACGCAUCACGUCGGCCUCGGUCCGGAGGCCAUGCGUGAAGGUGAUAUCAUCAUCGAGCUAGAGGGAAGUAAUGUUCCCUUUGUCCUCCGGCAGCAAGAGCAUUUCUAUCAGUUCGUCGGCGCUGCUUACAUACCUGAGAUCAUGCAAGUUGAUGCAACCAGGCAUGCCACGAAUAAAGGAGCGAAGACGGAAGCAAUAGCCUUGGAAGUAGUCGACAUACGAUAGGAAGAAUUCGUGUUUGGCUGCCUUUGAGCGCUAACAGUAGUAUCCCAUGAGAAUUACACGCCAGACAAGAGAAUAUACAGAUCAUUAU